GUCGUUUUCCGUUCAUAUUGGAGAUCGCAUACAAGUCUCAUAUAAUUGGUAAUGUGAACGGCCUAACAAAAAAAUCGGAUUUCACAACAAAUCGGAUAUGGGUCGUUUCAGGUUGCAGUCUGAACGUAGUGUUAGUGUUAGUAGUAUUUGUGGAGACUGCGCCUUCUCAGCCCUGAAACCUUAAAGUCCGGUCACGCGUCAGGUGACUGUGUGGUCAUGUGACCUCGUGCUGCACCGCUAGCUUUGUGAGUGAAUGAGGAAAGAAACUAGCAGCCCAGCGCGGUGUUUCACACUGCUCUGCUCAUUACACACUCAGCAUGGCGUGGACGAAGUACCAACUCUUUCUGGCUGCUUUAAUGCUCACAACCGGCUCCAUCAACACUCUGUCCGCAAAAUGGGCUGACAUGUUUUCUGCUCCUGGUUGCUCUGGUACUCCUAAUCACAGCUUCUCCCAUCCAUUUUUGCAGGCUGUCUGUAUGUUUUUGGGCGAGCUGAGCUGCCUUGCCGUUUUCUACAUCCUCAUCUGUCAUGACCGGCGCAGUCCGACACCCACAAUAGAGCCGGGGCAGAGCUUCAAUCCCCUCCUCUUCCUCCCGCCCGCUGUCUGUGACAUGGCAGGAACCUCCAUCAUGUAUGUCGCACUAAACAUGACCAGUGCCUCCAGUUUCCAGAUGUUACGUGGAGCAGUGAUCAUCUUCACCGGCCUGUUGUCAGUGGCUUUCCUGGGUCGCCGGCUGGUGGUCAGUCAGUGGGUUGGGAUUCUGAUCACCAUCCUGGGCUUAAUAGUGGUCGGACUCGCCGAUUUCCUGAGCGGCAACAAAGACAACGGACGCAAGCUAAGUGACAUCAUUACAGGCGACCUUUUGAUCAUCAUGGCUCAGGUCAUUGUGUCCAUACAGAUGGUCCUGGAGGAGAAGUUUAUUUAUAAGCACAACGUUCAUCCUCUGAAAGCAGUCGGGACUGAAGGCUUUUUUGGUUUCAUCAUCUUGACCCUCCUGCUCAUCCCGAUGUUCUACAUCCCAGUCGGGAGCUUUGGCAGCAACCCACGGCAGGUUCUGGAGGACGCACUGGACGCUUUCUGUCAGAUCGGCCACAAGCCACUGAUCAUGCUGGCGCUGCUGGGUAACACGGUGAGCAUCGCGUUCUUCAACUUCGCUGGCAUCAGCGUGACCAAAGAGAUAAGCGCCACCACACGCAUGGUGCUGGACAGCCUGCGCACGCUGGUCAUCUGGGUGGUGAGCCUGGCGCUGGGCUGGGAGUCCUUCCACGGCCUGCAGAUCCUCGGCUUCCUCAUCCUGCUGCUGGGCACGGCGCUCUACAACGGACUCCACAAACCCCUGAUGGCCAGGCUGCCCUGCUGGUCUGCAGAGCGCGAGACAGGAAAUGCAGAUGAGAGAGACAGACUGCUGGAGAGCUAAUGAUGAACGGACUAUGAAAUGUCACAGGAUCUGCAUCAGCUCUCUCUUCUCUGUUUUGGUCGAGCACUCAACUGACUUCCAGGGAACAUUUCUGAUCCCUUUGGGUUCCUUUCCAAACCACUCGACCAGUCAUGUUGACGGAGGACGCUGACGGCGGAUAUCUGACGCUCGCUGACAUAAGCACUGAGCAGUCACUUUAUCGAUUUCUUCUUUUCUCAUAAUGCCAUAUUGGGUUUAACAACAGUUUAAAAAGGGAUGGUGAAAAUCUUUGGUUAUUUUAAAGUAACAUAAAAUUACAUUUGAAAAAUUUAAGUAUCCUCAAGGGCAAAAUACUCAGUACAUUUUAAUAAGUGUUCUUAUUUUCAUAAAUAUAUUACGUUCAUUAUGUCUUCUUCUUAAAUCAAAAUAAUUAGUUUUUCUUUUGUUUCAGACA